AUGCUGGACUUAGGAUGGCUAAGCCUGGAACACCUGACAAAAAAGCGCACACUGAUGUUCAAGAAAAAGAUGCUAGACUCCAAAGAUUCACUGACAAUGAAGCUCCGAGAGAUCAACGAGAUAUGCAAUCUGCCUUGAGAGAAUAGAUGCAAAGAAUUCAUGAAAGAACUGGGGCUUGAACUAUACAAUGACCGCAUUAUCGAACGGACUGGAUUAAAAGAUUGAAAAGAGCUAAUAGAUAGGGCAGCCAGCGAGAGCAAUUUAAGAGGAGCAAUGAGACGACUUAAGGAGGAAACAUAUAGGACAACGGAGAUAUACAGUUGAGCAAGGAGAGGCACAAAGCAGACAUAUAUGUCUACAUAUUUAAUGGUAAAUUCAGAUAUGCACUCUGCGAUUGGAACCAUUUUCAGGCUCAGGGCUGGAUUUAAUAAUUGCAAGGGUAAUGCGUUUAUAAGGCAUCUAACUGACAACCCAGCAUGUUGUGAGUGUGAAAUCACUGAAACGGAAGAGCACAUGUUUGGCAAUAUCCUCGAUAUGGUAAAAUGAGAGAAAAACUAA